AUGGAGAAGUACUACAAAAACACCGUAUUCUUCGCCAUAAUAAUGAUCAUCAUCUCCACAUUCUACUUGAUAACCGUGGCAUCAUCUGAGCAACCUCCAUCAAUCCCCGCCGUGUUCGCUUUCGGCGACUCGACCAUCGACUCCGGCAACAACAACCGCCUCAUGACGAUCUUUCGGGGCAACCACCCUCCGUACGGCCGUGACUUCCCUGGCCACAUUCCCACAGGUAGGUUUUCCAACGGAAAGCUCGCAACCGACUUCUUGGUCUCCAACCUCGGCAUCAAGGACCUCUUGCCGGCGUAUCUCAGCCCCGGCCUGACCGACAGGGACUUGACGACCGGUGUCAGCUUCGCGUCGGGGGGCUCGGGCUUAGACGACGCCACCACGGCUCUCACCGGCGUUAUAGACAUGGCCAGUCAGUUGCAGUACUUCGAUGAAGCCAUCAACAGAAUGGAAAGAGCUAUUGGGAGAAACGCGACGCAGGAUUUAUUGAAGGAGUCAAUGUUUGUGGUCAGUGUUGGGACUAAUGAUGUGGUGUUCAAUCUCUAUAGAACCCUUAACUUUGUGCACACGCCUUCUAGCUACCAAGAUUUUCUUCUCCAAAGGCUUCAGUCUUUCAUCGAGAGUUUGUACGAGCGUGGAGCACGCGAGUUUGGAGUUGCAGGUUUGCCACCAGUAGGGUGUCUGCCAUUACAAGUGACAGUAGGUAGCUUUAUGCCAAGCCCACAUAUGUUGCAGCGCCUCUGCGUCGUCGAGCAAAACUUCGAUUCUCAAACCUACAACUCCAAGCUUCAAGACCUUCUCACCAACCUCAACACUUCCUUGCCUUAUUCUAGGAUCCUCUACUUUGACAUCUACGCUUCCAUGAUGGACAUGAUCGUGAAUCCAUAUAAAUAUGGUUUUCAAAACUCUCUUCAAGGAUGUUGCGGGACGGGUAUGAUGGAGAUGGGUCCUCUCUGCAUUGUGGGUUUACCAAUGUGUCCUGAUGCUUCUCGACUCAUCUUUUGGGACUCCAUGCACCCUACAGAAGCUGCAUACAAGGCCAUUGCUGAUCACUUUUUUCAAACUGUGCGCCAACUUCAUUAA